AUGGAAGAAGCCUUCCCGUUGGACAAAACGCUGGAAGUGAGCUGGGCAAAGCCUCAGACCGACAAGUAUUCCAUGAUCGGGUUCCGGCGAGACUUGAGGCAACACGGGACCAUUGCCCAGCGCAUCCGGUGGCGAGACCAUCGCCCGGGGUUGUGCUCCCCCUUCCAAACUUCCCUUUUGGGCCAAAGACCCAACGAUCACUUGUGGCAUUCCCAAAUGGCAUUUUAUUCCUCACUUCAUAGUCAACUCCCAGUGACCAUUGGAUCUCACUCCGCAGCCGCGGUGCAAAAUAUACUUUUUCCGCAAUCUUCCAAUGUGCCGCUCUUGAGCAGUGGAAUCAAUGACCCGGUCACGUCGGGGGGGAAUUGCUUCCAGAAUCAUUCCGAGGGCAACGGUUCCGGGCGAAAGCUCGUGACCAACUGCCCGGACGAUGCUCCCCUCAACCGAGUGAGAUGCUCCUACAAUCCACUGUACGUUUCAAGCACUAGACCUGCAGCCUACGAUUCUUCAUUGCCGCCAUCAGCAGCAGCCACGACUAACGUUCAUCUCCAGCAGCAGCAACAGCCGCCUUGGAUUUUCCCGCAUUUGUCUGCACCAUGGCCAGGGAGUCAGGCUUUGUUGCAUCAUAUGCUGCCGCAGUUUGCCAACCGUCAACACGGACUGUAUCACGGAAGUGAGCGAAAAGAAUCUUUCGGGGCAGCUUCUGGGUUUUCUGGAACCAGGCGAGCGAUGAUGAGAUUGGGUGGCGAUCGGCGGAGCUCGGUGUGCACUUCGAGUAGCAGCAAUGAUAGUGGUUCCGAAGCUAGUGCUGGGCAUAAUAAUAACUUGGGCUGGUUUGAAGGAUGCGAUCUCGACCUGCUUGCUAGCUUGUCUCUUCCCUUCGUCAUACCCGGUGGCGAAUACGGCGGAGGCAGCUUCGCCUAUCUGCACGACUAACGGAGCCGCCAUCUUAGCCAAGGACGCAUUUCUAUGCAUGCCUCAAAGAGGUCGUAAAAAUUUACUGCCAACAGCACCUUCUCGUCAUGGGCGACGCGUAAUACAUACGCACGGAUGCCGAACAAGGGAAGUGUGUCGUCAACGUGUGAUGUUUCUUUGCUUAUCUCGCGCGUUUCGUUAUCAUCUGCUGCUCUCUUCAACCCGCCUCCUUUUUUUUGGUUGUGUGUGUGUCUCAACGUCUCUUUGCUUUGCAAUAUGACGUGAACGCCGAAUGUGAUACAGGAAAAAAUUUCCUGCGAAGCCGCAUUAUAUAUAUACAGUAGGUGUCACUUAUUCUUGAAAGAGUAAAAAUCCUUUGCCGGAGCUUAAACACACCACGAGGGAUAAAGUAAAGAAGCUGAUCUGACAUAUGUAGUCGUAUAGGACCCGAGAUGUGGACGGAAUCGGUGCUCAGACCAGCUUGUCAAUCUGUCAGAAUGUCCGCAUGUUGAACCACACUUUCCAUUAAACUUCAAUGUGAAUAUAUCGAGUUGGGUUCUCCUAUUAAUUAAACAAUUGGAAAAAGUCCCCCAAAAUUGAAUAAAAAUAAUUUUUUCGACUGCAAGAUACAGAAAAUAACAAUGAAGAAGAAAACCACGCAUAAUAAGAUCUUUCAGCAUGACGAGGAGCAUAAAAAGCAAAGAACAAGCAGAGAUUUUCCAUGCAGUGCACAGACAUCGGAAUGAGCUUUGAAAAAAAUUUAAAAUUAUCCUGUUUUGGAAUAUGGCU